CGUCUUGAAAAUUGCUUCAAUCAGUUUUGCCGCACGGAUAACGAAUGCGCUAAUGAUAAAGACAGAUUGAUAUGUUGUGGAAACAGAUGUGUGUUUGGGAGUAAUUGCGCCAGCCGAAGCUGUUCGAUGGAUUCUGACUGUUCCGCUAAUCAAGCAUGCUGUCACUCGAAAUGUUCACGGAGAAGUAGCUGCUUCGGUCAAAGAUGCACUUUCGACUCCGAUUGUUCCGCUAAUCAAGCAUGUUGUAAUUCAAAAUGCAUUGAAGGGAACAACUGCUCCGGACAACGUUGUAAUUUUAACUCCGACUGUUCCAUUGGUCAAUCUUGCUGUAGUGGCAAGUGCAAGUAUGGUUUAACUUGCAUCGGUAAAUCCUGCAUCAGUGAGACAAACUGUCAAGCAACAGAAGUUUGCUGUAGAGGAACCUGUUCAAGUGAUUGUAAACAUGUUGAAUACAUUGUUUGGCCGAUAGUUGCAUUUCUAGCCGUUGUUUUUCUGAUCAUAGUGAUAUUACUCAUCUAUCGACGACGGCAAGCGAAAAGACGACAGCCAACGACUAGAGAUAUAACAUCAAAUAUCACUGCCCCCACGGACAACACAGGAAUCACCAGUAACAUUCCUGAAGAAGAUUAUCCACUCUGCCAGCCACAAGGGCCAACUUUCGACCAACAAAUUGAAAAUUUCUCAGAAAAUGAACAGCUCCUACAAUGCUGAUCACAUUCAAACUCACUGGCCGCUAUCGCGUUGAGCUGAACGUGCUGGUUCCAUAUCUCGCCCAAUGUAAGGGAAUCCAGAUUCCGCAAUCCGGGAAAUUUUGGCUUGUGGAAUCUGGAAUCCUGGGUUUUGAAAUCCGGAAUACAGCUCAAGGAGUCAAGAAUCCAAGUUCCACUGACAAACACCGGUAUCCAGAAUCCCAGCCCGUCUUGGAUUCGCUUACAUGGGGCGACAUAUCUAUGGUGCUGAAAAAUUGACGUUUUUCCUCGGCUCGCGGACUAGAUUUUGUUAGCUUUGUUUCGUUGCACGUACUUGUAUGUAAACAAGUCAAGUUAAGAACAAGUUUUGCAUCAGAUAACAACAAAGAUUUUUCACAAGAAAAACCUGUCGGCUGAAAAAACAUUAGAAAAAGGUUGGAUGUAUUUUUAAGACGCAGAUAAAUGAAAUGUAAUCUUAGUUAAACUGAGUUAAGCUAAAUCGUACAAGUUUUACGUAAGGCCAAAUAAAAAAAAACACUAAAUGAAUUUAUGGUCACACUCAAAGAACACGUUGACCGACUUUUCUUCAUCUCGAACCCGCCCUUUGCCCUUGGAAUUUAUAGUAGCUGAACACAGUUUUGCAGGCGGUCAGCGGUAACUCGCGUGAUAGAGCGUGCUUUAAAUUAGACAAACAAACAUGACGGCGAAAAAAGCAAUGGUACACAGAAGACGAUUUCUCAGUAACUAUUUAGUAAUUACAGUACAAUUAUAUUAUUGAUUAUCCAAAAACACGUCUGUUAAAAUUUGGUCAAAUAAGUUUCAAAUGGUAAUGAUUAAUUAUAGUAAGCUGUGUGCAAGUUAAUAGGAAAAUCUAAUGACAGAAUUUUAUGUAAACUCAGCAAAAGUGAAAUUUUAAGGCUCUAUUCAAUCGUUCAUGUUGCCAUGGAAACUACGAAAACGUCAAAUUUUACCUGUCAAUCAAAAUCUUUCAUCAGUGUAUUUUUCACCUGCCAAGUUUCAGCUUGUGAGCAGCAACCUUUCUCUUGCCGUGAUUUGGAAAAUGACAUAUACUCACAAACUCCCAAAACUGUGUUCAGCCACCUUUAUGUAGAUAGUGACUGAAAGAAGCAAUAUUUGCUAACUCUCAGAGGAGAAGAUAGUAUCCGGAUACUGUCAUUGAGUUACUUGGCUGUUUUUACGUCUUCAAUGUAUCAUACCCAAAAUUCAAAGACUGUUUUCCCCUUUUUGGUGACUUGGCAAAUGGAUGACCCAAAUCUAAUACUAAACGGUUAUUUUUUGUCUAGAAAUUCCAAAAUGAGGUAUUAUCAUCCAGGCUAAAUUGGCUGUUUACCAAGGAUUAAUUGUUCCUGGAGUUAAAUUCUUUGAUACCGCACAUAAAUUUGGAACGGACUCCCCUAGAAGCUUCCGCCUUCGGCGCUCCCGUUUAGGAAAUUUAUCCUAGGUCCGCGCCUGCGUUUUGUUGUACUAAAAACCGUAACCCCGAGGUACUGUAAAGAACGUGCAAUAAACGGUUUAUUUGCAGUCUUGUCGGUGUUUGAUAUGAGUUUAGCACGGGCUUCGUGAGUGUUGGUUCGUGAUAUCUUGAGAUUAACAUCAUUUCCGACCACAAUAUUCUUCCGCUAAGAUUGGCAACUCUUCUUUCAUUUUGGGUACUUUUUUUCGAAAUGUUACACAUUACUGCAACCCUGUUUAGUUUCUCAGGUUGGCUCAAAACCGGUUUUUGUUCUCUGUAUUAUCACGUUCAUUUUUAGCUUAACAUGCGAAAGUAAGUGUCGGUCAGUUGUAUUACGACAUCAACAUCAUUUCCGACCGUGGCAUUCUUCCGCUAAGACUAGCUGCUCUUCUUACUUUUUGUAAUUUACAUGUAAAGCCUUUCGGGCCCUCAGUUGUGUGAUCGAGCAGGAUUGUUAAAUUACGUUUAAAACUUAAUGAAACACGAACUGUGAGUUUAUUGAACGGCGUCAAAAACGUCUGCUGUAUAUCUUUCUUGUACUAAUAUUCAGAUAGUUCGGGGCUAUUUUGGUCUUGAAAAUUGGAACAAACGUUCCCCCAAUGCAGACAUUCAUUAACCACUAAUUUCUUUGGCAUUUUUUCUUUUUAUUUUGGCGAUGAAGUUAAGUUGGGUAGAAAAGUUAAACAACGUCAAAUUUAUCUUAUGGUGUUAUCUGAAACACAAACAACGACAUCAGCAUGCACAAUAGCGAUAGCGUCGUUGAAUUUGAUUAGGCAGUGAUGAAUGGAGAGAUCUUUUGACCAAAGACUUUCCUCUGGGGUAUCGAGUCGUUUCGUUACAGAAAUUACUGUCGAAGCUUCAUUUUGCUACAAAGGGUAAAGUGUAAAAAAGGUAAAGGCGCACACGAGCCAAAGGCUUAAACGGCUGGAGCUUAUCCCGGUUUCCUUAGCAUGGAAAUGCCUAAGAGUAUUGCUGCUCCUCCCUGGACGGGAUCCUUGUCGAGCGUAGGGUUCCCCCAGCAGUGAAGAGAGACAAAGUUGACAAAGUAUAAACCUGUGAUUAUUUUUGGUUCUUUAAGUACAAAUGAGCUUUUUGUUUUGGAAUAAGAAUAUUCAUGUAAAGAGUAAAUUCACUGGAAUACAACGACAUCCAUUAAAUUUUAAAAUAUAGCAAAUCAAUCAUGCUCAUUGCGAGUCAUCUGGUAACCACCUUUGGCUUAUGAUCAGAAUCAAUCUCUCCUUGUAAUAUCGACGCUUUUUAACACGGAGUCACAAGAAUGGUGAGAAUAAUCCAACAAGACGAAUUUGUUUGAUAUUUUAAAGACUAUUCCAAACUACUGCUAUCGAAAAUGCAUGUAUAGAGGCAAAAAUUAAGCAUUCAAAUUUUCAUAUUAGGGUCAACAAAAAACUUAAGAAGACGUCCAAACCGAAUAGACUAAAUAAUCGAAAUACGAACCGUUUAUUUUUUUAAUGCUUUAAUAGAUGUAGGCUUCCACCAAACUGUAUCCGCUCUUUUUCACAACCUUUUAAUUUAUUACUUUAACGUGGAUUUAACUUACUAGACCAAGUUAAGAUGCACUGUUCGGUAUCGUCAAACGCGUUCUGAGGAACACAGGUCUCGUGCAAUCCUCAGCUGGUAGGUGUUAAUCUGUAGGAUGGUGGCUGCUCACGUUGGGUGUAAUUUGAUAGAGGUGGUUGGUCGGACAGUGGCCCCUCUGGUUGGUAGAGAGGGUUACAUUGUGUAACAGGUUCUGAAGAGAUGCUCGUGGUUAUUUGUUCUGUUAGUACUUCAGUGCCAUCUUCUCUAGUGGUGACAGUUGUGGUGAUAUUUGUUGUGAUGAUGUGAAGUAUAUGAAAUAAUUCAUUUUUGAACUGCGGUUGUAGAUGAAAGUGAAGAAUGAUCAUCGCAGUAAAUUUUCCAAUUUAAGCAAUUGGAAGGAAGAAGCCGGAAAAAAAUCAGGGCUUCAACGGGAUUCGAACCCGUGACCUCCGCGUUGCCGGUGCGUUGCUCUACCAAUUGAGCUAUGAAGCCAGACAUUGGGAGCGAGGUCAAUUUAUUGAGUUCAUAUCUCCCGUGAGGAGUGAAAAGAUGUGAAGUAUAUGAAAUAAUUCAUUUUUGAACUGCGGUUGUAGAUGAAAGUGAAGAAUGAUCAUCGCAGUAAAUUUUCCAAUUUAAGCAAUUGGAAAGAAGAAGCCUGAAAAAAAAAAAUCGAUCCCGUUGAAGCCCUGAUUUUUUUUCAGGCUUCUUCUUUCCACUUGCUUAAAUUGGAAAAUUUACUGCGAUGAUCAUUCUUCACUUUCAUUUGUUGAUGUUGCCUUCGAGAAGUAGUCGAAUAAGCCGUCAGCGACGAAUCGCGACGAUUGAGGAAACUAUAGCAACGAGGACUGCUCCACGCCUGCAGCUGGACCUAUAAUGUAGGCCAGUUGAGAGUCGUCGUUGGAAGAAUCCUCUUUACAGUGUCUUGAGCAACUUCCUUUGCAGCAAGACUCCCCUGUACCUUGCCAGUCAUCGUUGCUGGAAGAAGAUUGACCGAUGCAGAUCGAGCCAUUAUUACAUUUGUUAUCAGGGGCACCCAACGACUGCUUUCUGUGAAAUAUCUGUUCGGAGAAGCAAAUAUUGCCAAGAAUUUGCCAUUGCUUGAAAACGGCUAAAAAGUUCUAGAUGAUCGUUCAACUCAUGUACAAUUUUCGAAGCUUAUCUAAUAAAUGUCCUACGACUUUCUGAAGUUUAAUUUUCACUUUCCACUUCCCAAGUUAGGCUGUUUUUCGUAGAGUGAAAGGGAACCUAAAAUUUUCGGAUUCAAAAGUGCAUUGGUGAGAGAAAUCAGAAAAUGUCUCACUUUCGUAAUACGUCAAAUUGGAUCUAAAAUUUUCGGGAAAAUAAUACUCAAACCCUUGUAAUUUCGAAAAGACUCAAGUUCCCCUAAGAUGACCGAACAGGUACAGAUUUUAUAGCGCCGCUUAGAAUGAGUUUCUAGAUAUUUAAAAGUACUCUGGAUAGCCUAAAAAGUGUCAGCAUUGUAUUUAGGAGGAAACCGUCGUUGGGUGCCCCUGUGUUAUUACAGCAGGACUGACCGCUGGAACAUUCUGAGCUGAAAGGACAGUAUUUUCCAAAACAACUUUUUCCUACGGCGCAUUUUGAAUCGCCACAACACGCCUGACCAAGAGAGCAAUCACUGUCUAACGUACCAGGACUGUCACGACCAGAGAAGAUGGCACUGAAGUACUCACAGAGCAGAUCACAACUGGCAUCUCUUCAGAACCUGUUACACAAUGUAACCCACUCUACCAAACAGAGGGGUCACCGUCCAACCAACCACCUCCACCAAAUUACACCCAAAGUGACCAACCACCACCAUACUCAGCAACCCCCACCGCUGGAGCAUCGCACGAGACCUGCAUUCCUUCAAAACGCGUUUGUUAACUUGCCACGUAAAGGGGCAGGUGUUGUGUGAGAAAACAGGGAGGUAACGAGAAUUAAGAACAUGAUCAAACACGACAAAAUUUACUUGAUAUUUUUAAGCGAUAAUAUGUUGAUCAUAAGUCGCAAGCGGCUACCAUGAAGUCGUCUCGCAACGUAGCCUGCGAUCAUGCCCUCUCCCUUUAUCUCUGCAAUCUGUGUUCGGGAGGAGGGCAUGAUACAUUUCUUUCACAGAUCACAUGCAAAAAAGCCAGAAUCUGGACUUUUUUCUGAUUGGAUAGGAAACAAUACGGAUGAUUUGCGCUGUUCCGAUUGGCCAAAACGCCGCCAUCCGUUAGUUGUCGUUGAUUUCAGUUUGCAUUUUUGCUUGCGUAUUGAGCAGUGCACACGCGAGUUCGUUAUGAAAUCUCUGCCGGCUCAGUUUUCUUGCCAGUUUGAAAAAUGUCUAAAUAGAAAUUUCAUCCAUUGAAUUAUUUUCCAUUUCGUCGUAUACUAAAAAUUGUAGUCAAAAUUUCACCGAUUAUUUGAAUUCAAUUUGAUACCGGCUACAAGUUACAGAAGCGACAAACGGGUUCACUCUUCAAAUAAUUAAUUCAUGAAUGGAAUCUUGACCUGGUUUGACUGUAAUUCCUGUCAUUCCUCCUUCAGAAACCUGUGAAUUAGUCUGAGCGAUCUUCGCUUUCACAACACUUUUCAGUUCGUUAAAUAUGGUGCUUCGGCCUAAUUUUUUUUUCAGAACUUUCGGCACAUAACGAAGUCAACGAGCUUUUACCUGUAAAUUCUUUAUUAUUUGUAGCUGUUAAAUAAAGCUACGGCAGCUCCAACUAGCAGUAUUUCGUCACAAAAAAAAGAUUUCUAAAUUUUUCCUAGGAAGCGCCAUCUGAACGUACUUAAACGUUUUCUUUUCCCUAAAAUUUAUUUCGAAAGAGACAUUAUUCCCGCCAAAAUUUGAUUCCCUUCUGUUAAACGCUGAUUGGCUAAUAACGUGACAGGUCAAGCAGACGUUACAUUAUGUAAAUUAGGGGGCGGUUGAUGGCUUGUUAAAUAAAUGUAUCAGGCGUAAUUUUUUCCCUCUCGAGCCAAAGAAGCAAAGAAGCAAAAAAAAAAAUUACGCCUGAUCUCAGGUUACUCGCAACGCUGAAGACCUUCUUUAAUUCGCUAAAUUUUAAAUUUAAUAUAUGUCAUAACGUUCAAGUUAAUUUAAAAAAUGAACUUUAUUUGAGCACCCCGGGAAGGGACCGCCAUUUUACGUGGUCAUCCGAGCCACCCGAAGGUCUAGCCAUUUGCAAUACAAAUGGUGUAUCUUCAUUUCUUAGUUAAUUUAAGGGUGCGUUCGAUUGGGAAAUCUAGAUUUAGUUUUUAAAAUCCGGAUUUAGGAUUUGCAAUCGAACGCGAAAUCCGAAAAUGGAUUUACACGCUGAAAUAUUUGUUUUUGGAUUUUCCUUUUUACCGUUCGAUUGGGAAAUCCGAAAAAGGAUUUGAAAAACUGUCCUUAGGAACAGCGGUCUUGCAUGCGCACGCAUAAUUAGUAAAAAGAAUACCGCUGAUCACGAGAACAGUUUAGUAAAUCCUUUUUCGGAUUUCCCAAUCGAACGACAAAAAGGGAAAUCCAAAAAAUCCGGAUUUGGAUUUCUUAAUUGAAAUCCACCCUGAGGACGGAUUUCUCGGAGGUGAAAUCCGUUUUCGGAUUUCGCGUUCGAUUGGGAAAUCCGGAUUUAGAUUUUGAAAAUCUAAAUCCGGAUUUCCCACUCGAACGCACCCUAAGACCCUAAGAAUUGGUCUGACCCUGAGAAUCGAACCCACGACCUCCCGCUCUACAGUCAAGCGCUCUAGCGACUGAGCUAGUCCUGCCGCGGUUAUAUCCUCUUUAUAAUUUAGAACAAAAAAUUACAGCUUCGUUUACACUCGAGGAAGAAUAUCGUGGUAUAUAACACUACCGCGCAACACUUCUUCGAAUAUGAGACACGAUGUUUUAAGUCACUGACAAGGGAGUGUAAAUUGUGACAAAAUACUAUGUCGAAUCCCAAACACUAAAGUGAUUCCAGGAGGGGAAAUUUUGAGAGAAAAAUUGAGGAGUUUUUUUUUAUGUGAUUUCAAAACUAUCAUCAAACAUUAAUUUCUCUACUAUUUUAUGAAUCAUUAAUUGAGACGAUGAAAUGAAAACGCAGCAAUAUGGAGCUCAGAAACGUUGUUGAGCCAAGCUAAGAAACUGAAUAGGGGUGCAAAAAUGUGUACCACAUAUAAUAAAAAAAAUAAAAAAAAUAAAACUUGUUUUCACAAUCAUCACAUGACAUUUCACAUUAUAUUUUUGGCUGUUAUGAAAAUGAUUAUCAUAAAGAACAGGGAUACUGUUGUAUCUAACAACGUCAAAUUCGAAAUCUAACGCACCGCUACAUCAGAUAUUAGAAUUGAUUACUGUCUAUUCAUUAAUAUAUUAACUAUAUAUGAAUUUAAAAAAUACGCACACUGACAAAAUAUUUGCAAGUAGCUGAAAUGUUUCCGCCAUAGCAAUAUCAGGAAUUAGGCCUGUAGCUAUAUCAAAAGCCGUUCUUUUUAUACCAGGUAACGGUUCACAUGGAAACGAUGGCAAUUUGCUGACUCAUAGACUUCAUGUUAUUGCGAGAAUCACUCAAUGUGGGGGGUUUAACGCUCGAACAAUUUCAUUUUCUUUUUGUGUCUUUCGAAGAAUAAUGGGAUUUUUCUCAUCACACGAAAAGCGAGAAUAGAGGUUAAGUGUCUCAGAUCAAUCCCAACUACUAUUCUACAAAAUACUAAAUAAAAAGCCGCUAGUGAGUGCUGUACUUUGUCUUGAAAAGUGGUUUACAUUUCUGGAAAUAAGGAAGGCCGAUACAGGUGGCUCUGACGUAAGAGAAAGCCUAUAAAUUUAUAUUGUGAGAGAAAUGCGUUUGCAGCAACAUUGGACCACGCGAACCCGAGAGCCGAGGACUCGCAAAUCUAAAGGAUGGCAUUAAUAGGAGUUGGUAUGGUGCGCUGUUUAUCUUACAGGAAGAAUGUUAUAUUGUGUACGUUGAUUGUUUUGGGGGCAUUUAUUUCUGGCGUGAAGUGCAUCGGUGAAUCCUGUUUCAGCUCAAGCGAUUGCAGAUAUUCCGGGGAAAGGUGUUGCAGACAGACUUCAGUCGGGAUUUGUCACUUCAAAACAACACCUUGCCUCGGUGAUUACUGCUCUUCCAGCUCUCAGUGUCCGCGUAACUCGGUAUGCUGUGGUCGCAGAUGCGUUCCAGGCAACAAUUGUGUCGGUCGCUCCUGCGUGCUGCAGACGGGAUGUGGUUUCGAUGAAUCAUGCUGUAAUGAUGUGUGUGUUCAAGGGAAAGAUUGUAGUGGUCAAGGCUGUUCUUAUGACCAUGACUGCUCUGGUGGUCAAGUUUGCUGUGGUAAGAAGUGUAAAAAUGGCACGAAAUGCAAUCUGGACAUCAUCAUACCUGUUACCGCAGCAUGUGCAUUUAUUGUCAUUGUUGCUAUCGUAGUCUUCGGCUAUUUUUAUAACCGGAAGCGGCAACAACGUUUAGUGGCAUUCUCCAACGUUCCUUUCGGGCACUUAACACAAAGCACCACAUCUCACCUCCCGCAACCGGCCAUCAAUACCUUCCAACAGCCCCCACCAUUGUAUACAGCAAGUGUAACACCACCGCAGUACACAUUAACAUCAAGCAAUGGAUCCGACGGAAUGAAUGCCACUUUCAAAGCCUCUGUUACUUCCCCAAAUCAUCAAUGAAGUUUGCAUGUCUUGUGAUCACCCGAUGGAAUAUGACUCAGUUUAUGACGGUGCAUUACGACGGCGACUACGUCGCAAAAAGAAGGAAAAUUUGACCGUCGCUUGUUCAUGUCCUCCAUAAAACGUGAAAAUAAACUUUUUCACGUCGUGGUGGUGUGGUGACGAUAAAGAAUGUACAGAAAUGUGUUGCUAGGUAGUGUUGUAGUCUGCAUAGCAAGCCUUUCCGCGCGAGUUUGUCGAGAAAGUGUGGACGUGAGCAAAAAACAGGGCUGGUACUCUUUUGAGUUCUUCAAGUUCAUGACUUUCCAUGACUUUUUCCAUGACCUUAGGUUUAGCUGCCACGUUAAAUAAUUCUCAAAAUUUUCCUUUUUUUAGGGUAUUUUUUGCCCUAACUCAGUACAACAAACAAACUCUGGUGUCCACUAAAAUGCGUACCAUUUGCAAUGUUAAAUCACUCGUCUCUACGUUACAUUACCCUUGCUUUGAUAUCUGCAGUGACUAGUCUACCAAACAUGUAGCCUUAAUUUCCCAUGACUUUCCAGGACCGAAAACUAAAUUCCAUGACUUUCCAGGCAUGGAAAAUGAAAUUCUUAAAUUCCAUGACUUUCCAGGUUUUCCAUGACCUGUACGAACCCUGAAAAAAAGGAAUGACGGGGGAGGGGAGGGGAGAGAAGGUUUCCUUUUCUCCCCACCCCUUCCCCCCUCUAUUUGUUUUUAGCUCCCGCUCUACCUUUCGCGCAAUAACUCGAUUGAAAACGCUUGCUACGCAGGCUAGUAGGGCUAGUAGUAUUGUUGCUAGAUAGGGGUUCUGUUCACACAUAGAACGAUGAUUUCGGCGCGAUUUCCGUAACGGUGCGAAGCAGCGCCGCGCCGAUCUCUUAAGUGGAGACUGACAUAUCGGAUAGGUAUUUAUAAUUUUCCGGAUAGCUUUUCGUGUCGGCACGAAAACCGAGCUAUCCGUAAAGUACGAAGAUGUCCUUAAGGUCCCUGGUAUAGGAACAGGCGCCCCCCGCUCGGGCGGGAGGUACCUCCUUAUAAGAGGCUAGUGGGGAUGUGCCGCUGGAUUGGGUCGCAUUUUCACGACUGGAUUGACUAUAAUGGGGCUGCAUUUUCAAGGGAGUAUAUAGAAUAGGGUCGCACAUUUUCGGAUUUUUGGGGUAAGAAAGUUUUUUACAUUAACGGUUAGUAAAAGUAACUCAAUCUUUCUACUGUACGUAAAAAGUAAAGUCAUCAGUCAUUUUAAAAAAAUGGGUCAAUUCAUUUUAGGAUGAGCUAUUUAAAAGAUUGAUAGGGUAGAUGCAUAAAUAGAAAGUGACUAAGUGGGGAUCGCGAAAAUUACAUUUGCCCAGAAGUGACUACAAUGGGAUCUACACGGGCUCUGAGAGGCUAGCGGCACAUACACAGCAAAAAUUAAUCUAAGUACCCUCUCCCUGGGGGUACGCAAUAAGAGAAACAUGUAAUGUCAAAAAUACAUUCUUUAAGUGAGAAAUAAAAGUGAUUUCCUCGUUCUUUGAAAAAAGAAAAAAAGGCGUGCCACGCUUGAGUUAAUUCCGCAUACCGCGUAGCCACUGUUUUUCAGUCUCGUAGUCAAUGUGGCAGGGUAAAGUUGUAAAAAACCGAAACGAAUUCAGUCAGCUGACCAGUGACUGUAAAAUAGUCGUAGGCCGAGACUGAAGAUGCAAUAAAGUGUACAUCACGGUCGACCCAAGGAGCCUCGCGAGAGAGUUAUGACGUCACUAGUGGUGCAAAGAUUUGUGGUUAAAAUUAGUCAAGUCAAGUCCUCUUAUGUCUCACUAUCACUCACUUCCUUAAAUUUCUGAUAGCGCUUGUUAAAUUUUAUGCAAGUUCAAUAAAGGUAAUAAAUCAAUUGAAAAUUCUGCAGUACAGCUUUCGCAUAAUAUUAAAUCAAUCAGAGGUUCAGGUUACACUGGAUCCGAAAAGAGUGACCCUAUUUUAACAAUGAAUCAUCUUGGCAACGUCAUAGGGUUUACCGAUAAUUUAUCGCUAAUUGAGGCCAUUAAAAAUUGGUUUAUAUUUCCGUAAGUAAGUAAGGCGGAUACAGGGGGAUCUGACGUAAGAAAACGCCUAUAAAAUAUACAUAUUUUGGGGGGAAAAAACCGUCUCAACCAACAUUUGAUCACGCGAAGUCGAGAAGCGAGAACUCGCAAAUCUAAAGGAUGGCAUUACUAAGAGUUGGUAUGGUUCUCUGUUUAUCUUACAAGAAAAAUGACAUAUUGCGUACGUUGAUUGUUUUGGGGGCAUUUAUUUCUGGCGUGAAGUGCAUCGGUCAAUCCUGUUCCAGCUCGAGCGAUUGCGGAUAUUCGGAAAAGUGUUGCAGACAGACUUCAGUUGGGAGUUGUCGCUUCGAAACAACACCUUGCCUCGGUGAUUACUGCUCUUCCAACACUCAGUGUCCGAGUAACUCGGUAUGCUGUGAUCUCAGAUGCGUUCCAGGCAACAGUUGCAUCGGUCGCUCCUGCGUGCUGCAGUCGGAAUGUGGUCUCGAUGAAUCAUGCUGUAAUGAUAUGUGUGUUCAAGGGAAAGAUUGUAGUGGUCAAGGCUGUACUGAUAACUUUGACUGCUCUGGUGGCCAAGUUUGCUGUGGUCAGAAGUGUAAAAAUGGCACGAAUUGCAUCGCUCAGUCCUGUUCGAAGAGUAGCGAUUGUCAAAUUUCAGAAAGCUGUUGUAGUGGGACUUGUCAAGGUUCAGAUUGCAAUCUAUACAUCAUCAUAGGAGUUACCGCAGCAUGUGUAGUUACUGUCAUUGUUGUUAUCGUAAUCUUCGUCUAUUUUUAUAACCGGAGGCGGCAACAACGUUUAAUGGCAUUCUCCAACGUUCCUUUUGGGCACUUAGAAGAAAGCAACACACCUCACCUCCCGCAACCGGUCAAUAAUACCUUCCAACAGCCCCCACCAGAGUAUACAGCAAGUGCAACACCGCCGCAGUACACAUUAACAACAAGCAAUGGAUCCGGCGGAAUGAAUGCCACUCCAAAAGCCUCUGUUACUUCCCCACAUCAUCAAUGAAGUUUGCCUGUCUUGUGAUCACCCGAUGGAAUACGACUCAGUUUACGACGGUUCAUUACAACGGCGUCCUAAUUUACUUACUAGGGACUUAAGAACCGAGGACGGCGACGGCAACGGCGACGAAAACGUCGCUUAAAAAGUGAAUUAGCAUUUUUUCGAUCUUCAUUUCAAUUAUUCCAUUUCAUUUUCUGUGUCAAAUGUAGGCGAAAUCUACUGGAGUUGAAUUGCUAAGGAAAGAGAAGGAAAAUUUGGUCUUCGCUUGUUUUUGUCCUUUAUAAAACCUGAAAAUAGACAUUUUCCCGUCGUGGUCGUGCGUUGACGGCAAAGAAAUGUAGAAGAAAGAAAGUGUGCUGCACGUGCAACGCUGCUGCUGUUGUUGUUUUUUCAGAACCCAUUGAUUUUCUGACCCCUUCUCGUCGCUGUCGCUGUCGUCCGAUUUCAGGCUGUGUCCACUUUACCGGAUAGCUUCUUAGCCGGCAUAAAACUUUACCAGACAGGGCUUAUGAACACAGAAAGAACGGCACAAUUUCUGUAACGGAGCGAAGCAGCGCCGGGCCGAUCUUUAAAGUACAGUCACAUAAAGGAUAAGUGUUCAUGCUAUACUGGAUAGCUUUUGGUGUCGGCACGAAAACUGAACUAUCCAACACAGUAUGAACAUAGCCUUAAGGUCCCUGGUAGCUACAUGGUAAACGGUACGCUGUAAGUAAUAACGUCAAGAAAUACAUGUAUUCCCUAAGUGAGAAAUAAAUUCCCAAAAUGAACGCGCGUCUAGUUGUGAUAUCCUCGUUCCUUACAAUAAAGGCCCUAAAGCAAACCAAGCAUGCCAUCGAUGAUAUUUGCAAGCAGCUGAAAUGAUUCCGCCAUAGCAAUAUCAGGAAUUAGGCCUGUAGCUAUAUCAAAACCCGUUCUUUCAAUACCGGGUAAUGGUUGACAUGGAAACGAUGGCAAUUUGCUGACUCAUAGACUUCAUGUUACUGUGAAAAUCACUCAAUGCGGGGAGGUUUAACGCUCUAACAAUUUCAUUUUGUUUUUGUCUCUUUCGAAGAAUAAUGGGAUUUUUCGCAUCAAUUGAAAAAAAAAAAGAAUAGAGGUUAACUGUCUGAGAUCAAUCCCAACAACUAUUCUGUAAAAUACUAAAUAAAAAGCCGGUAGUGAGGUCUGUACUUUGUCUUGAAAAGUGGUUUACUUUUCUGGAAAUAUGGAAGGCGGAUACAGGUCGCUCUGACGUCAGAAAAAGCCUAUCAAAUUUAUAUUCUGGGAUAAAUGCGUCUGCAAAAACAUUUGACCACGCGAAGUUGAGAGCCGAGAACUCGCAAAUCUAAAGGAUGGCAUUACUAGGAGUUGGUAUGGUGCUCUGUUUAUCUUACAAGAAAAUGUCAUAUUGUGUACUUAAUAGAUUAUUUUGGGAGCAUUUAUUUCUGGCGUGAAGUGCAUCGGUAAAUCCUGUUCCAGCUCAAGCCAUUGCGGAUAUUCCGGAGAAAGUGCUGCAGACAGACUUCAAUCGGGAUUUGUCACUUCAAAACAACACCUUGCCUCGGUGAUUACUCAGGGGCACCCAACGUCAAUUUGAGAAAAAUAACUGUUCGGAAGACGAUUUGAGAUCUAGAAUUUUCGGAACAUUUUUUGUAAAAUUUCUUGCUAGCCUGCCUCUCCCAGGAUUUUCGAACAUCUAAAAAAUGGUAUAAUUGCCCAUUUUUACCCUAAAAAGGUCACCUAGAAUGUUCGGGAGCCUUUUUUCUGGCUGAAAUUUUCUAAAAGGUAAGAUUUUCGGAUCACUACACUUUCAGCUAGGAAAUCCAAACAGAUGAAAAAUUUUUAGGGGAUAAAAAUAUGUCUAUAUAUACCGUUUAAAUACUAAAAUACGUUUACAAUGCUAUGAUUAAGUAGUUUUGAACUAUAUUCUCGUUGGGUGCCCCUGAUUACUGCUCUUUCAACACUCAGUGUCCGCGUAACUCGGUAUGCUGUGGUAGCAGAUGCGUUCCAGGCAAAAGUUGCAUCGGUCGCUCCUGCGUGCUGCAGUCGGGAUGUGGUUUCGAUGAAUCAUUCUGUAAUGAUUUGUGUGUUUAUGGGAAAAAUUGUAGUGGUCAAAGCUGUACUUAUGACUUUGACUGCUCUGGUGGUCAAGCGUGCUGUGGUAAAAAGUGUCAAAAUGGCACGAAAUGCAAUCUGAACAUCAUCAUACCUGUUACCGCAGCAUGUGCGUUUAUUGUCAUUGUCGUUAUCGUAGUCUGCAGCUAUUUUUAUCACCGGAGGCGGAAACAACGUUUAAUGGCAUUCUCCAACGUUCCUUUCGGGCACUUAACUGAAAGCACCACAUCUCACCUCCCGCAACGGAUCACCAAUCCCUUCCAUUAGCACCCACAAGAGUAUACAGCAAGUGCAACACCACCGCAGUACACAUUAACAUCAAGCAAUGGAUCCGGCGGAAUGAAUGCCACUCCAAAAGCCUCUGUUACUUCCCGACAUCAUCAAUGAAGUUUGCCUGUCUUGUGAUCACCGGAUGGAAUACGACUCAGUUUACGACGGUUCAUUACAACGGCGUCCUAAUUUACUUACUAGGGACUUAAGAACCGAGGACGGCGACGACAACGGCGACGAAAACGUCGCUUAAAAAGUGAAUUAGCAUUUUUUCGAUCUUCAUCUCAAUUAUUCCAUUUCACUUUCUUUGUCAAAUGUAGGCGAAAUCUACUGGAGUUGAAUUCCUAAGGAACAUAUCUAAAGGCCAUAAAGAGAAGGAAAAUUUGUCGUCCACGCCGUAAAGAGAAGGAAAAUUUGACCGUCGCUUAAUCAUGUCCUCCAUAAAUCGUGAAAAUAAACAUUUUCACGUCGUGGUGGAGCGGUAACGAUAAAAAAAUGUACAAAAAAGUGUGCUGCACGUGCGAAGCUUUUGUUAGGUAGUGUUGUAGUAAGCAUAGCAAGCGUUUCCACGCGAGUUUGUUGAGAAAGUUGGGGCAAGAGCAAAAAACAGGGUUCAUACUCUUUCGAGAUUUUCAAAUUCAUGACUUUCCAUGACUUUUUCCAUGAACUUUCCACUUUUUCCAUGACCUUAGGUUUAGCUGCCACGUUAAAUAUUUCUCAACAACAACAACGAGCUUUAUUUGCAUGCAUACAAGCACAUACAGUAUUGCAAAAGCUAUGUUUAGGAAUCAACAUUACAACACAGGGCAAUUACGUUACUUUGAUAAUAAUUUGUUACGAACAUCAAAACAAGCUAAAAUAUAUUUUAUGAAUUGUAUAUUGAUAAAGUAAUAAGAAGAGUUCAUCAGUUCAUUGAUCAAACCGUUUAUAGGUAACUGGGUAAUAUCUGGAAUUAGACUCUUGACUUUAUAGUAAAAUUUAUUCCUAAUCAUAGAGUAUGUAGGACACUGGAAAAGAAAGUGAACUUCGUCUUCUAUUACAUUGCAUCUACAAAAACGGCAAUGCCUAUUAUCCUUCGUAGUUUUACUAAAGCCCUUCUCCCAGCUGUUCCUCUUCUUAAGUCUAAGUAACUAGAGGAGGUAUGAUCGGUUUUAAAAGAUCUACAAAAUUCAAGUUUUUGAGAAUGUUGAGGGGUGUUUUGCCAAUAUGAGAUAUAUUCCUGUUUCAUUGAACUUACAUAGCUUUUUACCAUAGCUAUAUCUAAUAAAUCAGGGUUAAAGUCAGGAAGCUUAAAGUGUUGUGAUAUAUUCAUAAAAUGAGAGUGGAAACUAUUUUUGCCAUUACAGUGUAAGUCGAAUGACAAUAAAAACGCUUGCUUGACGAGAGAUUCCUCAUCUUUAGACUGUAUAUACAAAAUGUAUUUGAGAAUUUUUUGAUUGAUAGUGAUAUUUAAAGGAAAACGACCAAGCUCUGCUCUACAAGCUAUAUUAGAGGCUUUGUUGUUUACCUCCGAGUAUCGCUUACAAAAUUGAAGGUGUGCCUUCUUGUGCGAGAGCUGCUUUUAGUUUGCUAAGAUUCGUGUGUCGUCUCAAGCUGAAGAGGGCAUGAAGAGCUUUCUCCUCGAGAUGUUCACGUGACUGACGAAUUUCCCAAUGAGGACAUUCGAGUUCCUAAGUAAGUGUACUCUUGUACAACAUCAAUUAUUUGACUAUCUAUGAGAAAGUGAAAAUCAUCAUUUUUUCUCGCACGUUUCUGAAAAACCAUAAUUCUUGUUUUCUUGGGAUUGAUUUUCAUCAUCUAUGAAGUACAGAAUGAAGAUAGUUUAUCGAGGCAAUCUUGUAGUCCUGUUGUGGAUCGUGAUAAAAUGAUUAAAUAGUCUGCAUAUAUAUGAGAAUUUAGUUUUGCACCGUUUGGCAAAGCAAAAGGAUCAAAUAAUAUAUUUUCAAAUGCGAAAGGUAGGUCGUUAAUAUAAAGAUUAAAAAGCAGUGGACUUAAGAUACAGCCUUGCCGCACACCUCUCGCAUUACGGAAUGAUCGCGUUUGUUUUGGGGCAAUUUUAAUCGAGCAGGAAGAGUUGUGAUAUAAGUUUUUAACUUAGUUAUAAAAAGAACCACCUCCAUCAAUUUGCAGCAGCUUAUUCAAGAGCCCGUCAUGCCAGACCGAGUCAAAAGGGUCUUUGAAAUCUACAAAACAAGCAUAGAUCUUUUCGUUGUGAUUAUGAACGUACUUAUCUAUCAAGGUUCGGAGAGUGAAGACGUGGUCUGCUGUGCGGUUAUUCGGUAAAAGGCCAAUUUGAGAUUUGUGGAGUAUAUUCACAGAAACGAUAUACUCGAAAAGUCGUUGGUUCAAGAUAGAACAAAAUAGUUUUCCCAGGCAGCUGGAGACACAGAUACGCCGGUAGUUUGCCGGAUCGCUUCUUCCGCCCGAUUUAUAAAUGGGAGUAACAAGACCACCACAACAAGUCUGUGGCAUGGUCCCUUGGUUAAGAAUUGAAUUAAAUAGUUUUUCAUAUACGGGCAUCAGUGUAUCAAUACUAGCUUUCAUCAUUUCAUUUCUAAUUUUAUCCGAAAAUGGUGAUUUAUUAUUCUUUAACUUUUUCGCAGCUUUACGCAUUUCUCUUUCAGUUAUCAUGAAAUCUAAAGUACGAGAGUGUUGACCAUGGCAUUCAUUUUGUCGUAGCUCAUUGUAAAUGUCUUGCUGUGCUGGGUUAAGAGGUUCAUUUGAAUGAAGAUUGUGGAAAUAUUGUAGCCAAUUUUCUUCCGAGAUUGAUGGAACAUCCUCUCCUUUUCUAGUGUCGUCCGUCGAUUUGAGGCAUUGCCAGAAAGUUUUCGCGUCUGAAUUGUCUCCAGUUUUUUCUAGCUCAGAAAUCUUGGCAUUGUAAUAAUCAUUCUUUUUAGAAUUAAGUAAUUUCUUGUAUUGGGCCAGAGUAUCAUGGUAUUGCUCACGUAUGGUAUAGUAUUAAAAGGGUCUUGAUGUUUCUAGUUUUCGUAAUUCAUGCCUUUUCAAACGACAUUCUUUAUCGAAACAUUUUUUGUUUGAUAAUGAUUUGAUACGCUUACACGUUUUACCUGCUCUUAUCUUUAAACAAUACUUAGCCGUUGUGAUUAAAAUGUUUUCCACCUUUUCGAAGGAUAGCUCAGUAUUUUCAUUGAAUGUGUCGCCGGCAAUAUAAUCGCGUAUUAGUGUUUGUAUACAGGGAGACCUCAGAGCGUCCUUGAGUUUUUGAGCGGAGUCGUUUUCCCAAAGAAAUUGUUUCGGUAAACGCGUUGAAGUAUCUCCUUCAAGUGUGGUGGGAUUGUAACUCGUCUUUUUGUUAAUAUUCAGGGGCGGAUCCAGGGGGAGGGUGCAGGGGUGCGCACCCCCCCCCCCCUGGGAUGACCUGCGGCCACUUUCUAAUCAACACUGUGCAGUCGCUUCACAGACAUACAAAAUCUGCUCUAUCGUUUGAUAUGUAUUCUCAGCAGUUCACAUUAUGUUAUGUCCUAGUCAAAAGCCCUCUUCGUAUUUGCUUUUAAAAUUUUUUACGUCAUCAGUCAGUUAGUGGCGCACCCCCUCCUAAGAAAAAUCCUGGAUCCGCCCCUGAUAUUCAGCCAAGUAGUAAUAGGGCUAUGGUCUAACAAAUGCAGUGGACCUUUGACUACAAAAUUUACAACGUGUGAUAAAAGACCCUGGUCACACACUACGUAGUCAACUACACUCACUCCGUUUUUUCCAUGAAACGUUACUCUUCCUAGGGUAUCACCACUGACUCUUCCCUGUAGAAUCCUAAGGUCUGCACUUUUACAAUUUCAAGGAGCCUUUUAACGUGACUGUUUAAUUCGUUAACAAAACGAUUUCUCUGGGUUGGGCAGAGAGAGAAUUCUGAUUGGUCGUUUGUAAUGAGGUUAUUCCCUCUUUACAAACACUGUCGGAAUACUUUCCAGUUCUAGCGUUCAAGUCACCCAUAAACUCUCUUCUUCAAAUAAUUCUACAUUGAAAUACGGUGAAUUACACUGAUGUAUAUAAAGGCCACACGUAUAGAUAGAUAUCUUUGACGGUUUUGGCAUAGUCUUUGUCAAUCUUGAACCAUAGGAAAUUGCAGGUCUUUUUGACAAUUGAAAUCCAGUCAUGAAAUGUAUUUUAAAAAGGUAAGACUAUUCCGCCGGAAUCCCGACCGCCUUUUCGCGAUUGAGUAGCAUCCUGAGUCACAGAUCUGAAUCCCCUCACUUCAACAACAUUCGAACGCGUCUCAAAAUCUUCCUUGUUUUACGGUAUUUUUGCCCUAACUCAGCACAACAGACAAACUCUGGUGUCCACUAAAAUGCGUACAAUUUGCAAUGUUUAAUCAGUCGUCUCUAUCUUACAUUUUACUAGCAUUAGUAUCUGCAGUGACUAGUCUCCCAAACAUAGCCUUAAGUUUCCAUGACUUUCCACGCCUGGAAAAUGAAAUUCUUAAAUUUCAUGACUUCCCAGAGAAAACUGGUACCGAGAGCGUACUAGUCGGGCGUGUUUUCGAUCACUGUGGGCUUCUUGCUAAAUUUCUUCUAAAUCUUUUAACUUUUACUCAACUAUGGCCGGAACUGAGAAACUAAGGAAAGAAAACAAAGCGUUACGAAAAGAAAUUUUAAGAUCUAGAGAAUCAACUGAAGCAAAUCACUAACGUUCAAUUAGUCAUUAUAUCAAAAACCAAAAACCUUGCUUAUUAGUUUCUACUUUUACAAUUUAUUUGUUUAAUUCUGUGUUUCUCCAGUCUGUAAUUUUAUUUGGUUAUUAAUAAAGUUUUCAAAAGUAGGUUGAGUUUGAUCGUCCGGGUGAACGUAGUCCUGAAUAGGACUGUUGUUGACAGUAACUCACGUUUCGACAACCUGUACGGUAGUCAUCGUCAGAAUCAAAGUGAGUUGUAUCACGUCAGUUGAUGGUAUUAUACUCUGGUUAUUGAUCUGAUUGGUCAAUUAUGUCGCGAUGUUUCUGCUGUAGGUAAAAAGUUAAGUUUUCAGUCAAUUUAAAAAAAUGGGUCAAUUAAAAGAUUUGUGGUUAAAAUUACUCCAGUCAAGAGCUCUUACGUCUCACUGUCACUCACGUCCUUAAAUUUCUGAUAGCGCUUGUUAAAUUUUACGGAAGUUCAAUACAGGUAAUAAAUCAAUUGAAAAUACUGCAGUACAGCUUCCGCAUUAUAUUAAACCAAUCAAGAUUUGUGGUUAAAAUUAGUCAAGUCAAGAGCUCUUAAAGUCUCACUGUCACUCACUUCCUUAAAUUUCUGAUAGCGCUUGUUAAAUUUUAUGCAAGUUCAAUACAGGUAAUAAAUCAAUUGAAAAUUCUGCAGUACAGCUUCCGCACUAUAUUAAAUCAAUCAGUGGUUCAAGUUAAACUGGAUCCGAAAAGAGUGACCCUAUUUUAACCAUGAAUUAUCUUGGCAACGUCAUAGAGUUUACCGAUCAUUUAUCGCUUAUUGAGGCCAUUAAAAAGUGGUUUAUAUUUCUGUAAGUAAGUAAGGCAGAUACAGGGGGAUCUGACGUAAGGAAACGCCUAUUAAAUUUAUAUAUUUUUCUGGGAUAAAACCGUCUGAGACAACAUUUUAUCACGCGAAGUCGAGAGUCGAGAACUCGCAAAUCUAAAGGAUGGCAUUACUAAGAGUUGGUAUGGUUCUCUGUUUAUCUUACAAGAAAAAUGACAUAUUGCGUACGUUGAUUGUUUUGGGGGCAUUUAUUUCUGGCGUGAAGUGCAUCGGUCAAUCCUGUUCCAGCUCGAGCGAUUGCGGAUAUUCGGAAAAGUGUUGCAGACAGACUUCAGUUGGGAGUUGUCACUUCGAAACAACACCUUGCCUCGGUGAUUACUGCUCUUCCAACACUCAGUGUCCGAGUAACUCGGUAUGCUGUGAUCUCAGAUGCGUUCCAGGCAACAGUUGCAUCGGUCGCUCCUGCGUGCUGCAGUCGGAAUGUGGUCUCGAUGAAUCAUGCUGUAAUGAUGUGUGUGUUCAAGGGAAAGAUUGUAGUGGUCAAGGCUGUACUGAUAACUUUGACUGCUCUGGUGGUCAAGUUUGCUGUGGUCAGAAGUGUAAAAAUGGCACGAAUUGCAUCGCUCAGUCCUGUUCGAAGAGUAACGAUUGUCAAAUUUCAGAAAGCUGUUGUAGUGGGACUUGUCAAGGUUCAGAUUGCAAUCUAUACAUCAUCAUAGGAGUUACCGCAGCAUGUGUAGUUACUGUCAUUGCUGUUAUCGUAAUCUUCGGCUAUUUUUAUAACCGGAGGCGGCAACAACGUUUAAUGGCAUUCUCCAACGUUCCUUUUGGG